GUCAAGUUCUCGGGCGGCGCUGUGGCGGCUCUGCUGGCCAUGCGCUACGCCGGCAGCCUGCGCUCGGCCUGCGUGCUGGGUCUGCUGUCGGGCCUGUUCGCCCACUCGCUGUAUGCAGACGUCCUACGCAAGAAGCGGCGGCGACGGGGCGACAAGCGGCUGGAAGGAGACGCGAGGGAGGAGAAAGAGGAAGAAGAAGAAGAAGAAGAAGAAAAGGAGGAGAAGGAAGAAGGAGAAGACGCCGCUUCAGACAGCAGCGCCAUCAGCUGAGAGCUCACAGCCGCAGCGUAGAUACCUUACUGCUCUAAUGAUUAUUGUACUGCU